AUGACCCAGGUGGUCGACGAUUCGAUGGACAUCGAAGUCGCCGAGAGUAAGCUCAAGGCGCUUGACCAUGCAGAGCAGCACUAUUUCAACAGCUACAAUCACCAUGGUGAGACAAUGACCUUUGUUUCAGUGACAAUGCCUUCGUUUGAUCAGUCUGCUAACUUCCUCUUGCGCGUGCGCACAGGCAUCCAUGAGGAAAUGUUGAAAGAUGAGGUCCGGACACGGUCGUACAUGAACGCCAUCCUGCAGAAUAAGCAUCUGUUCAAGGACAAGAUUGUUCUCGAUGUUGGCUGCGGCACUGGCAUCCUGUCCAUGUUCGCUGCGAAGGCUGGUGCCAAGCAUGUCAUUGGCGUUGACAUGUCGACCAUUAUCUUCAAGGCCCGCGAGAUCGUCAAGAUCAAUGGUCUAGCCGACAAGAUUACCCUGAUCCAGGGAAAGAUGGAGGAGAUUGAGAUGCCGUUUGAGAAGGUCGACAUCAUCAUUUCGGAGUGGAUGGGCUAUUUUCUCCUGUACGAGAGCAUGCUCGACACUGUUCUCUAUGCCCGUGACCGGUACCUGAAGAAGGAUGGUCUCAUCUUCCCCGAUAAGGCCACCAUCUUCAUUGCUGGUAUCGAGGAUGGCGAGUACAAGGAGGAGAAGAUCGGCUUCUGGGAUAACGUCUACGGCUUCGACUACACCCCCCUCAAGGAGACAGCCCUUGCUGAGCCCCUCGUCGACACCGUCGAGAUGAAGGCGGUGGUUACCGAUCCCGCCCAAGUCCUGACCCUGGAUCUCUACACGGUCAAGCCGUCCGAUCUCUCCUUCAGCUGCCCCUUCGACCUGGUUGCUAGGCGCAAUGACUUCAUCCACGCGCUGGUGGCAUGGUUCGAUAUCGAGUUCUCGGCGUGCCACAAGCCGAUCCGCUUCUCGACGGGCCCACACACCAAGUACACACACUGGAAGCAGACCGUCUUCUACCUGCGCGACGUCCUCACGGUCGAGCAGGGUGAGAGGAUUGAGUGCUCGCUACACAACCGGCCCAAUGACAAGAACAAGCGCGACCUCGAUAUCAAGAUUGAGUACCGCCUUGAUACCCAGGAUCCCACCCGCCAGGCCGAGGGUGUCUGCACCUACAAGAUGUGCUGA